UUUAUUUAUUUUCUUCUGCCUAUAAAAUUCUUCAUAUGACAGUCUUUAUUUCAUUUUUUAUUAUUUCACAAAAUAAAGUACUUCUCCAAUAAUGUCUUCUUCUCUACUGUUCAAAACAUACCAUGCUUAUGAAGUGGUUUUGGCCUUGUUAUCAGUUAUCCUACUACUAAGCAUCAACUUAGUGGAAUGUCGAACGGUUAGAGUGUUGGAGGGCGGAGUUCCGAAAGGGUGUCGAAAGCAUGGUGCAUUUUUGACGGAUUUUGGUGGCGUAGGAGAUGGAAAGACGUCGAACACCAAGGCGUUUCGAUCAGCCAUUGCUAGCCUAAGCAAGUAUGCAUCCGAUGGCGGGGCGGAACUUAUUGUUCCACCAGGGAAAUGGCUGACUGGCAGCUUCAAUCUCACUAGUAGCUUUACUCUUUACCUUGACAAAGAUGCCGUUCUUAUUGCUUCCGAGGAUGAAUCAGAAUGGCCUGUUCUUCCUCCCUUGCCUUCCUAUGGAAAAGGCAGGGACGCUCCGGCCGGGAGAUAUGCUAGUCUCAUCUUUGGAACCAACCUUACUGAUGUUGUAAUUACUGACUCUGUCAUCAUCAAAAACUUAUGCAUUAAAUCAAUAGGAGGCAAUGCAACAAUUGAUGGCCAAGGGGCUUACUGGUGGGACAAGUUUAAGAAGCAAGAGCUUAAUCUGACGCGUCCUUACUUAAUCGAGAUUAUGUUCUCUGAUCAAGUUCAAAUCUUUAAUCUCACUUUACUGAACUCUCCUUCAUGGAAUGUGCAUCCUAUUUACAGCAGCAAUGUUAUAGUCCAAGGCCUAACCAUCUUAGCUCCUGUGGAUUCUCCUAAUACAGAUGGGAUCAAUCCAGAUUCUUGCUCGAAUGUUAGGAUUGAGGAUAGCUAUAUAGUCUCAGGAGAUGACUGUAUCGCGAUCAAGAGUGGUUGGGAUCAAUAUGGGAUCAAAUUCGGAAUGCCAACACAACAUGUAAACAUUCGAAGAAUAACCUGCAUUUCCCCUGAUAGUGCAACAAUUGCCUUAGGCAGUGAAAUGUCAGGUGGAAUCCAAGAUGUAAGGGCAGAACAAAUCACAGCAAUUAACACAGAAUCAGGGGUCAGAAUUAAGACAGCCCCAGGAAGGGGUGCCUUUGUUAAGGACAUAUUUGUCAAGGGCAUGACCUUGAGUACAAUGAAGUAUGUGUUUUGGAUGACUGGCGACUACGGAUCCCACCCUGAUCCAGGUUUCGAUCCCAAGGCGCUGCCUAUAAUCAGCGGGAUCAAUUACCAGGAUGUGACAGCUGAGGAUGUUCAGAUGUCAGGAAAUCUUGCAGGAAUCGAGAAUGAUAAGUUCACCGGGAUCUGUCUCUCUAAUGUUACUAUUUCUUUGGCUGAGAAACAUAAGAAAGUUCAGUGGAAUUGCACAAACAUUGAAGGGACUACUAGUGGAGUUAAUCCUCAAGCUUGUGAUUUGUUGCCUGAUAAGCAGCCUGGUAAAGUAGUGCCUUGUCCUUUCCCUACUGAUAAACUUCCUAUUGAUGAUGUUGAGUUGAAGAUUUGUACAGUUAGGCCAAAACCUCCUAGAUAUUAGGUUAAUCAGAUGUAAUUCUAGUUUUUUUAACUUCGCGGUUUUGGUAAUAAGAUGAUCAGUUUUUAACUUAAGGACUGUAAAAUAUUUUCUACUCCGACUAUAUUUUCCCCUGUUUUCUAGCAUUCUAGGCAUAAAGCUCUUAUUCUUUGUAAUCUAGUCCCAAGACUGUCAUUUAAAAAAACAAUUUUUUUUAAAAAAAGAAAAAGAAAAAGAAAAGUACAUUAAAC